CGGGUUUCGGGUGACAGCGCCGCACAAAGCGGCCGGCUGUAUGGCUACCCCGGGCGGGAGGCGCGCGCGUUCCACGGGGCUCCCCGGCGUCCCGCGUCGGGAAGGGGUGGCGCGGGGGACCCUGUGCGAGCCGGGGCUUCCCGUGCUGGGCUGCGGGGCCGCGGGCUUUCGCACUCGCCGCGCUGUCUGAAGCCUGCAAGGAGCUGCUUGCGCCUCGGCCGGGCGGAGGCUUCCCACCCGGGACAGCGAGGCGCCGUCAGGUUCGCAGGUGGAGCGGAUACCCAGCGCAGCUGCCAGGAGAGCCGGUGAUGAGGGCUCUCGGGAUGCCUCCCCUGGGAUUGCACACCCGUCCGGGUCGGGAUGACUGUUAGUCCGCGCAGCGGGCACGUGAGAGGGGAAGGCAGAAGCUGGCCCAGGUGCAGAAAGUUGGGUUGGAUGAUCUGGAACCCAGCCACCGAGGCCCAAGUCCCUGUGCACGCCACAGACCACACCAGCUCCAGACCCGAGGACUAAGCAAGCACCAGUGAGUGGAAGGCGCUUUGGAGAGAGGACACACAUCUUUCAGUUGUAUAAGUGGAGGUUUUCCAAAACAAUGGCAGCACCUCGAGGGAGGUCAAAGAAGAGAGGCUCCUUCGACCUCUGUCCUGAUAGCCUGCCUGUGAGGAGCUCCGGGCGGCAGGCAAAGAAGAAAGCAGUGGAGAUCACAGAUGAGGAUGAAGAUGGUUCCUCAGAGAAGAAGUACAGGAAAUGUGAAAAGGCAGGCUGUACGGCAAUGUAUCCCGUGUGCUUUGCAAGUGCUUCUGAAAGAUGUGCCAAGAAUGGCUACACCUCCCGCUGGUAUCACCUUUCCUGUGGGGAACAUUUCUGUAAUGAAUGCUUUGACCACUACUACAGAAGCCAUAAAGAUGGAUAUGACAAAUACAGUGCAUGGAAAAGAGUGUGGACCAGCAAUGGCAAGACUGAGCCAAGUCCCAAGGCGUUCAUGGCAGACCAGCAACUGCCCUACUGGGUUCAGUGCACAAAACCUGAGUGUGGAAAGUGGAGGCAGCUUACCAAGGAAAUCCAGCUUACACCACACAUGGCAAAGACUUACCGCUGUGGCAUGAAACCAAAUUCUGUAACCAAGCUGGAUAGCCCUGACCAUUGCUCUUUCCCUGAGGAUCUAAGAGUGCUGGAAGUUUCCAACCACUGGUGGUACUCCAUGCUCAUCCAGCCUCCUUUGCUGAAAGACAGCAUGGCAGCACCGCUGCUCUCUGCCUACUACCCUGACUGUGUUGGCAUGAGCCCCUCCUGCACCAGUACAAAUCGUGCCGCUGCCACAGCCACUGCCACCACCACCACCACCACCGACAGUGCCAGCUCAGGGAAGAUGGAGCCCUCCAAAGCGGCCCCCUCUCCACUUGGCAUGAACCGGUACUUCCAGCCAUUCUACCAGCCCAAUGAGUGUGGCAAAGCUCUGUGUGUGAGGCCGGAUGUGAUGGAGCUGGAUGAGCUCUAUGAGUUUCCAGAGUAUUCUCGAGACCCCACCAUGUACCUCGCGUUGAGAAACCUCAUCCUUGCCCUGUGGUACACAAACUGCAAAGAAGCUCUUACCCCUCAGAAGUGUGUCCCCCACAUCAUCGUCCGGGGCCUGGUGCGCAUUCGAUGCGUUCAAGAGGUGGAGAGGAUUCUCUACUUUAUGACAAGGAAAGGCCUCAUCAACACGGGAGCGCUCACCGUGGGAGCUGGCCAGCACCUCCUUCCUAAACACUACCACAAUAAAUCGGUUCUGGUUGUUGGGGCUGGUCCGGCAGGCUUAGCAGCUGCUAGGCAACUACAUAACUUUGGGAUGAAGGUGACUGUCCUAGAAGCCAAAGACCGAAUUGGAGGCCGAGUAUGGGAUGACAAGUCUUUUAAAGGUGUCGUGGUGGGAAGAGGACCUCAGAUUGUCAAUGGCUGUAUUAAUAAUCCAGUAGCACUAAUGUGUGAGCAACUUGGCAUCAGCAUGCGUAAGUUGGGAGAGAGAUGUGACUUAAUUCAGGAAGGUGGACGGAUAACUGACCCCACUAUUGACAAGCGCAUGGAUUUUCAUUUUAAUGCUCUCUUGGAUGUUGUCUCUGAGUGGAGGAAGGAUAAGACUCUGCUCCAAGAUGUCCCUUUAGGAGAGAAGAUAGAGGAGAUCUACCGAGCUUUCGUGAAGGAGUCUGGCAUCCAGUUCAGUGUGCUGGAGAGCCAGGUGCUGCAGUUCCACCUGAGCAAUCUGGAGUACGCCUGCGGCAGCAGCCUGCACCAGGUGUCUGCUCGCUCCUGGGACCACAAUGAAUUCUUUGCUCAGUUUGCUGGUGACCAUACCCUUCUAACUCCUGGCUACUCCACUAUUAUUGAAAAACUAGCUGAAGGACUAGACAUUCACCUCAAGUCUCCAGUGCAGAGUAUAGAUUAUGCUGGAGGUGAAGUAAAGGUCACCACGGCAGACGGCGUAGAGCAUUCUGCACAGAAGGUAUUAGUCACUGUACCGUUGGCCAUCCUGCAGAGAGGUGCCAUCCAGUUUAAUCCACCAUUGUCAGAGAAGAAGAUGAAGGCCAUCAGUAGCUUGGGUGCAGGCAUCAUUGAAAAGAUUGCCUUGCAGUUUCCAUAUAGAUUUUGGGACAGUAAAAUUCAAGGGGCUGACUUUUUUGGUCAUGUUCCUCCCAGUGCCAGCCAGCGAGGCCUCUUUGCUGUAUUCUAUGACAUGGACCCCCAGCAGAGUGUUCUGAUGUCAGUGAUCACAGGGGAGGCAGUAGCAUCCCUCAGGACCAUGGAUGACAAGCAGGUGCUGCAGCAGUGCAUGGGCAUUCUUCGGGAGCUGUUUAAGGAGCAGGAGAUCCCAGAUCCCACAAAGUUUUUCGUCACACGGUGGAGCACAGAGCCGUGGAUCCAGAUGGCUUAUAGUUUUGUGAAGACAUUUGGAAGUGGCGAGGCCUAUGACAUCAUUGCUGAAGAAAUACAAGGAACUGUCUUUUUUGCUGGCGAGGCAACAAAUAGGCAUUUCCCACAAACUGUUACUGGGGCAUAUUUGAGUGGUGUUCGAGAAGCAAGCAAGAUUGCAGCUGUUUAAAAAGAACUUGUAUGGACCUUUCCCAAAUGGAAAAGUUUGAAACACAGGUUAAGUUUUGUAAGAGAGGGGACUGUAUAGUAAAAUUGAAGUGUUUCUGUGGUGAUAGGAAAACGUAAACCCAUUUCACUCUUCUGAAACCACUGACCCUCAAAAUCCUUCUAGGCACUUAUAUUUAAUUGUCCUAUUAGUGCUAAGUCCAAUGGGUUUCAGAAGAUGGCACAAUAUACCAUAGAGACCUUAGUUCUGGUUGGGGGUUAGAUUUGGACAUUCUGGUUGGCAGAUUACUUUUCAUAUACUGUGAAACCAAGUAAUCUAGCAGGAGCCACUAGCAAACUUAGAGAAGCCAUGUGUUUUUCUGUGACAAUUUAUCAGUACCUUUACCAAUGAGCCUUAAUAUUUUUACACAGCUCCAAUCACGGGCUUUCCUUAAAAUUUACAAUUCUUUUUUGAUAUAGCAAUUUCAAGGUGUGACAUGACAUUUGUGAGCUAUUUUAUACUUUUCCUUGAGUAUUUGAAACUUCAAUUCAGGUACAUUUGAUAGUUUAGAUCUGUGCACUCAUCAGCAACUCAAGACUUACAAUCCCUGAACUGCGUGUGCAUGCAUACACUCAGCAGGGCAGGGUGUUUCCACAUUAUAAAACCAAGGUGGUAGUGCUGGGGGGCUAGCACUUGACAUUUAGCAAAAAUCUUUACAGGAUAGCUAAAAACCCCUCUUAUUUUUAAAGUGACUUUUACAGUAAAUUUCCCAAAGGCAGGUCCACUGGAAAACUGCAGAAAAUCUUAACUAUCCUGGUACAUGGCACACUACUUUAUAAGCCAUAUGUUAAAGUCUGAACAUGGCAACUUUUCCACUUAAAGAUUGUUUAAUAAACAUGGGUUUUCAGGAUCUUUAGGAUACCUAUUCUGCCAAGAAACUUCAGUUGAUUAAUAGAUUACAAGUAUGCUUUUGUUUUAAAAAGUCUUUGAACAAUUCUUCUUUGAAUUAUAUUGGUCUGCUUUUAAAGGGGGCUACAAAGGACUUUAAAGCCACUUUUUGAAAUAUCAGGUAUUUCUGAAAGUCACAAUUAGGUUAACAAAAGACCUUAUGGAAAGAAUAUACAGUGAAGUGUGCUUUAGACAGUCUAGACAUAUGCCCUCCCCUGUCAAAAGUAUGAUACAAAGCUAAUGACUACAUAUUUAAAGUUUAUUAUUCGCUGUACUGUAAAGGUUAUUUGUUGAGACUCAUUGGUACUGAUAAGGGAAGUAUUCUGCUUUCAAGUGUAAUUACAAUGUUUAGUGUGAAGUGAUAAAUGUAAAGCGUUAAAUUUGAAAUGGUUCAGUCUAAGUUAUUUAGUUUCUAGGCACUGGAGUUUGUAUUAUGCUAUUUCAAUUAUAAAUGCGUGUAUUUAAUUUUCUCCCAUUUCAAGUGACGUACUUAAUCUCAUAUAUUGUCCUAUGGGAGCUAUGGUACUUUUGAGUUGCUGUGUUUAAUCUGAGGAUUUUUGUUAAUGAACAAAAGUAUACUUACAGUGAUUUAACUAUCUAUUAUGAAUAACUCGUUAUGUAAAAGUGCUUUAAUGAGUAGUUUUUUUGCAAAUACUCGUAAUAAAUGUUCAUAGCAUUCA